AUGCCUUACCGAGACGUUGAAUCAGUUUCUUCUUCAAACAAUCGACUUAUCACCGAGGAGCUAGAUUACGACAUUCUCAUUAUAAAAAAUGAGUUUGAUCGUAUAUUUCUUUCAUUAACAAAUGAGCAACGUCACAUUUUCCUUGACAUCAUGAGUGAUGUUAAAGAAAAUAAAGGAGGUGUCUUCUUCGUUUAUGGUUAUGGUGGAACAGGUAAAAAUUUUGUAUGGAAGAGAAUAUCUACAACAAUUAGAUCUGAUGGUCAUAUUGUUUUAAAUGUUGCUUUAAGUGGUAUUGCUUCGUCAUUAUUGCCCGGUGGCAGAACAACACACUCUCGAUUUAUACUUCCAUUUGAACUUACUGAGGAUUCUGUUUGGAAAAUAAAUCCAGAUGAUGAGCUUGCUAGCUUAUUAAGAAGAACCUCUUUGAUAAUUUAG